AUGGGUUUUUUGAAGAAAAAUAAAUCUGGAAAGACCCCUAAGGCAUCAAUACCGAUAAAUCAAUCUUGGAUUAAUAUCUUUCAACAUUAUCUUUCUAAUCAUUCAUCAGAAAAAUUAUUUGAAGGUGUUCAAAAAAUCAUAGAUUUAUUGCGCGAUGAAGAAGCUAGUUGGGAAGGACAAUUGCAAUAUAUCAGAUCCAUAGAAAAAUCUUUACCAUCAAAAAAGAGUAAAUCUGGACAACAGUCUACAAACGAACCGUUGCCAUCACACAUUAUAAAUCAAAUCGAAUCAAUUCUCGAACCUAUAAUAUCUGGAAUAUAUUUCUCUUCGAUAGAAAUUUUAACAAAACGACAUUGUAUCCCUAUACUCGAUUCAUGUUAUGUGAUUUCAGAAAGAAAUACAUUUUGUAAUCUUUUAAUUCGGGAUCGAUCUAAUAAUAAAGAUAAUAAAAUGUUUAAAGAAUUUGGACAAGAAUAUUCUCGUUAUAUCACUCUUAAUAGUUACCCCUUUCAUUCAUUCAGUCAAAAAGGCAUGUCAAUUUACAUCACUUUGGAUUUUCCAUUAGGAUUUUCAAUUGUGGAAAAUCAGCUGUUCGAAACUCUCCAGUUUCUUAAUGAAUGUUUGACUCUAAUUAUUCAAAAUGUUAAUAAAGAGAAUGAAAAUACUAAAUCAAAUACAACAUCUGCAUCAUUAACGCUCUCAAAACAUAUGAGCGAUGCACAACAUGUGACCAAGACUUUAUUAGCUCUACUUUCUAGAUUUGACCAGAAAUUGAGGCUUCGGUUUGAAUCCAUUGGAAAUAAUUUUACAACCAGUCAUAACGAUAAGGAAGAAGUUAUUAAUAAAUUAGUUCGUGACUUGUUUAAUGGAUGUUUGGUAAUUUGCUCUGAUAAUACUUAUAUUAAGGAUGUAAAGCAGUUGGUUGGAAUGUCUAUUGCAGCAAAUUUGAAUUUGUUAGGUCCGCCACAGUUUGUCAGCGAUCAAGUUGUUGCCAUGUUUUUCGCAAAAGAUAUUAAUGAAGAAGCGCAACAAAAUAAUUUGAAAUUUAUGAGUCAUUUGGGUGUUCGAAUACCAGAUAUUUUAUUUAAAGAAAUUAGCUGGAAUGGUGAUGAUCCUCCAAUGUUAGCGAUUUGUCGCGGUUUAUUGUCGAAUUUGGCUAAAAAGGUUUUAAUUUCUCCUUUAUCCGAGAAAUUUCAAUUAAAAAUCUCAAUAUUAAGAUUAAAUGAUUCAAAUUCAAAUCCAAAAACUCUUCAUCAUAUACUCUUUCAAAGCAUUGCGCAUUUUUGCGAUAAAGCUUUGAAGUCUCAAACAAAGGUUUUGGCAUUUGAAACUAUGGGAUUAUGGCUUCAGGAAUCCGAAAAUAUUCUUAAGGAUGACGAUAUUAGUGAAUCAAUCGUUCAUGAUAAUAAUUCAAUAUUUAAUUCACAUGUUUUAGAAAAAUUGAUGUCAUAUGUUUGGAAUAAUUGGGAGGAUCCUGUUGAUGCAAUUCAAUAUAAGAAAUUAAUGGAUGUUAUGAGUCUUAAAAGUCAGCUCGAACAGUCUGAGGAAACAUAUAAUCAUUACCUUAUAAAUUUGCUCAAACAACUAUUGUCCAUGGAUCAGUACCGCAAAGUGAAAUACGCUUUGUUGUCGUCAUUAUUGCCUAGAAUUGGAACAGAUAAAUUCUUAUCAAUGCAACCAGAGUUUGUUUCCCGUACUUUGGAAGUACUACAUAAUCUAGUUAUUGCACCACGAGCUUCUGCAUUGGUGGUCUCGUUCCUUGAAUUACGUUUAGAGGAAUCUCUCGCUUCAGGGCUUCGAGACGUAACUAUCAAAAAGAGCGAGAAACGUGAGGAAAUAGUAAACAAAUGGGAUGAUUUAUGGUUGACACAUGUCUGUCAAGAUCUUUCCUCAAAGGACGAUAUUCUUCGCAAAAACAUCGGUGCAUUCAUCCUUCAACCGUUAUUUAAAGCAAGUCCAUCAUCGUUUUGGAGAAUUAUCGAUAUUCUUCAAGAUGACAAGUCUAGAAAUGAUUUUAUAAGUGACGAACAAUAUAGGCUAAAUGCCCUGAUCAUGGUCAUAAAAGUGGGUAGAUCGUUGGAUUUGGUUGAUGGGAAUACAUUCAUUGAAAAUUCUAUUGAAGGGAACCAAAGGAAGAUUCGAUUACAACCUCUCCAUGAUGCUAUUUAUCAUUUGGAUUUAAAUAUUCGAAUUGAUGCACUUGGUUUAAUUUGUGAGUCAAGAAAAUCAACUAACGAAAUUACUACAACUGAAAUUGAUCAUCUUAAAUCUUUUUUUAAAUUGAACCUUAAUUCAACAUCUCCAGAGUUUAGACAAAAACUUUUUGGUCACUUGAAUAAAUUCUUCACGAGACUUAGAAGUAAUUUAUAUAGUCAAUGGAAAGAUUAUCAAUCUCAAAUGAGAUAUGUGAAGAGUCAUCAUGGUUCGAAAAUACAAGAUGCAGGAUUAGAAGCAAAUCAACUAAAACAAAAGAUUGAUAAUUCUCAAGUAUUUUUGAAUUGGCUUAUAGAAUUAUUAGCAGCUUCUCUUUAUCCAGGGUCGUCAUUUCAAAGAGUUUCUAGUACACUUAGGAUAUUUAUUAUUUUAAUUAAAGUGUUUGGCAUUAAGGAAACCCCAUUGCCUGAAGGAUUUGUAGCUCAGCAUUGCAAGACUCCUACAUUUCCAUUUCAAUUGCCACUUGCUUCAGUGAGAAAUACAAAAUUAAUAUUACACUGUCUUAUGAAUCCUUUUGAUGAAAAUCGCAUGUUAGCAUAUGAAAUUCUUCAGAGCUUUCCUUCUCCAUUGCCCGGGAUUGAAUCAAAAGAUGAUAUUCAAAAAAUUUUGCUUUGGGCGCUGCAAUCUAUGAAAAGUGCCCGAGCUGGUGAAAGUGAUAGUGGUGCAAUGAUUUUUCGAUUGGUCUUCUCCAAAUAUGUUUGGAAUUUAGGUCUUUACCUUGACGUUGGAAUUGAGAAAAAUGAAUCAUUGGAAUACUAUAAAGAAGUUAAUAUACCUUCAAUCAAUUUCACAAGGAAGCUUCUAAUUCUGUUAAAGGAGCAACUUGAUAUCGCUUCUGGAAAUCUAUUGCUAGCUUCACAAAAGUAUCCAAUCCAUGGAACUUUACUAGCACUUCAUUAUGUCUUUAAAGAAUUGGAUUAUGGUUCUUUAGGAUUAAAAAAUAAUUUGGAAGAAUGGCGAAAUAUUCAUAAUUAUGCAAUUGAUUUGAUUAAUGAGAGUUGUCAAAUAGUAUUGGACGUUUUAUCAAAUUCUUCGCCAGAAGGUAAUUUACCGGCGUCAUUUCAAGAGAUGGAAGAAACGAUUGAUGAAUUGAUAUUAACUUCAGGCGAAGAUUUCGAUAGUGAAGGAGGUCCAAACCAUCAAGUCAUUCUUAGUUUUUGUUGGAGGGCUGUGAAAGAGGCAAGUUCUCUUCUUGCCAUAAUUUUAUCGAGAGCUCCAAUAGCCGUUAAUUUGGAAAAUAGCUUUUCUAUACUCAAUUAUGAGAAAGUACGUAAAGGUGGCGAAUUGUUUCGAACACUGUUGACAUCUAUACGUCACCGAGGCGCAUUUUCUGCGGUAUAUCCUGGUUACGUAGCUGUUUGUGCUCGACUUCUAAAUUCAUCGCAAGUUAAAUUUGUAGAAUUACCAAAAAUAUGGCUAGAGAAUAGCUUCAGUAACAUCAAUACCAAUUCAAUUUCAAUUACACGUAGAAGUGCAGGACUUCCGUUAUGUAUUUUAGCUAUUGUCAGUAGCGAACCUAAAAACUGUAAAGUUUUGCUUCCUUGGAAUAUGAAAGCUCUUAUUGAGAUAGGAUCACAAGCUCCUUCGGAGGAUUUUAAUCAAACUAUUGAUUUGCCUCAGGUUCAUGCUUUUAAUAUCUUGAGAACGAUUUUCAUGGAUGCUAAACUUGGAACUGAUGUUUUACCAUAUAUUUCUGAUGGAUUUACUUUGGCAAUCAAAGGAUUUUCUUCACCAAGUUGGGCAGUUAGAAAUUGCUCAGUUAUGCUAUUUUCGACUUUAUUACAAAGAACAUUUGGCACAAAGAAAACAAAGGAUGAACAUCAUUCAAUUAAUAAAUUAACUGGAAGAGAAUUUUUUUCAAGAUUUCCUCAUCUGUAUCCAUUUUUGUUGGAUGAGCUCAAAAUUGCUGUAGAUCAAUUGAUUGAAUCGACUAAAGUCUUUGUUCAUCCAGGUCUUUAUCCUAUCCUUACUCUCUUAUCAAGACUUCAUCCUUUAAUGGAUGACUCUAAUUCUUUAUUGACCAUGAGCCCAUUUGUAUCUUUGGUUUUAUCUUGUGUUUAUUCACCAUUCUACAAGACAAGAGAAAUGGCAGCAAGAGCAAUUGUUCCACUAAUUCCAUCCAAUGAUCUCUUAGUAACUUGUAUUAAUUUGCUAAAUGAGGCUUCUAUGUCUAAUCAGAAUGAAUUGCACGGAAGAUUAGUUCAGGUUCAAUAUUUGAUGCGCGGACAUUUACGUGGAAAUGUCGCUAAUUUUGACAUUAUGAAAGAUGUUAUAAUUAAAAUGGCUCCGGUCUUUUGGUCCAAGAUUCGUUUUGCAUCUAGAGAAAAUUCUUGCAACGUUACAAGAUAUUUAUUUUUAGAUAUAUUGUACGAAUUUGUAUUUAACAGUAAUUGGAUCUUUAUUGAGCAAGAUAAACGUUUAGAGUUAUUAGGAUUGAUGGAUGAUAAAUUUUCGGAAAUAAGACAGUUCUUAUUUGACAUGUCUUUGUGUGAUUUGCCUAACACGAGUCGAAAUACAGACUUUUGCAAAGUUGGUUGUCAUCUUGUACGUCAGCAGAUGGCAAGAAUUAUAAUAAGAUCCCUUCUUAGUCAAGAAAGUCCCGAACACACGUCAAUAAUUAUUGAUAUUUUAAGUGAUUCGGAAUAUGAAGUGAGGCUCGUUUGUUUGGAAAUGCUUAUUGAUUUCUUCAAUUCUUCAAGCGAUAAUAAGGAAAUUUGUGUUGACAAAUUAACCCUUCAAUACAAGAUAAUUCAGAUGAUAUUUCGAGAGGAAUCCUAUCCCAAUUGUUUUCGGAAAGCGAUUGGGUUACUUACUUUGAUAGAUUUAGAACACCCAUUCCCAAAAUUAACUUUUAAAAAAUCUUUAAAUUUCGGGUUAGAAGAAUUUUGGAAAAAAUUGUUUAAUCACUUGGAGCAUUCAAAGAGUUCAACUAUAAUUGAAGCAAUAUUACCACUCUUAGGAUCUUUAUCAUCUCAAAUUUGGCGAGAUAAUUCAUUAUCUGAUAACUUCAAGUCUGAAAGUCUCAAUCAAUGGUGUAAAUAUAUUAACAAUAAUACCAAACCUGAAGUUAACUUGAUAUUACGUGAAGCUACGACAAGUUCUCUGGAAUUCUUCAGUCAACAUUUAUUUAAGGAAUCUAAAUUUGUAAAAAGUGAGGAUAUCCAACAGGUUAUAACUUUAUAUUUGGUUUUAGCUCGACUUGCACAGGAUGAUGAUAUAGAUUUACGUCAUUCCGCAGCCUUGAUAGUAUCAAAAGCAAGUGGAUUAAAGGUACCGGUCGAUUGUGAUCGUGCGCGUGAAAUAUGUUAUGAACAUAUGACCAAGUUGUAUUCGAGGUCGCUUCAUUUAUAUGUAGCGUUACUUCAAACAAUUACCGGAAAUGAAAAACCUGAUGAAAUUCUUAAGGCUGAAAUGAACCCAACAAGAGUCCUCUUUGCUGUAGAGAAUCCAAAUAUUUAUAAAGAAGACUUGAUUGAUAUUCAACUAGCAUAUAAGCAUAUGAAGUAUGCGUUUAAUAAAGAAGGAAAUAUUUUAGAUUUCCCGGAUGUUUUUAAACGGGAUAUUCCAAGGUUUUCGGUUGAACAACUGCGGACAGUCUGUGAAUUGUUAAACUAUGAGGAAGUAAAGAACAAAAAUAAUGGUGUUUUAGGAUUUACUUCGCGUCCUAUAACGUUUACUAUUGUUUACAGGGUAAUCAUUAUAAUAUUAGCGAUGAUGGAGAUAGUAUCAAACAAACAAGAAGUAAUAAAAGAAAUCGAAUGCAUAAAACAAAGAUUAGUACAAGAUAAUAUUCAAUUGCACCCAUUAUUGAAUAAUAUACUGUUUAAAGAUUUUACUCAUGAUAUUGAUGAAAAAUUUGGGAAAGAAUUUGAAAGUGUGUUUCUUUUAUCAAAUUAA